GAAAACAUGUCAUUGCCAUAUGACCCUCAAAAUAUUCAUGAUGAGGACUUCACGAAUAUGUGGAGAGACAACACCAACACAAUAUUCGAUCCGGCGGACCUGGGUAGUUUGGAUCCAAAUAGAGACUCGCCGCAGAGUGCCACGCUGGAGGAGGCACAGUCAGUAUCAGUAUAUUCGAAGCCACUAGACUUCAUAUCGCCAGCAAGCACGCAUAAUGUCGAUGCCACAAUUCAGCGAGGCAGCAGUCUCGGCUUUGAUCAUUUAUCAAACUGGGUACCGGCAGUAAAUGUAUACCCAUUUCAAAAUGCUUUCGUUUCGAACAAUGCGUUCUCUCCGAUGCAGAUUACACAAGGCCAACAUAACCAGCCAAUUCCAGGUUUUAAUCAACAGCUGUCUCCAUACAACCUACAAUAUCCUGCUGUUAACGCAGAAUUAGCCCAAGAUAACCCUUUCUCUGUAUAUCCUCCCCUCGGUAAUGACAAUGCCUCCAACUCUCUGCCAUAUGGCCAUUGGGUCAUCCAACAGGCUCAACAUGUCUUUCCUCCGCCUACCCUGAAUUCUCACUCGGUCAACACCGGUUAUACUAUGAAUAACCAGUAUCAACCUGACAAUAGCAGAAUGGAAAUUUCUCAGAAUUCAAGAAGGGGAAGCGAAGCGACCUUGCGCGGCUCAAAGGUCAGCAUGAAUAGGGCUGCGAAACAAAGAAAUGACCCCGAAUGCGACCCGUCUCUUGUAUACCCCAAACCAAGAACACGUGAUUCUUGGGGAAGCAAUAAUAAGGAAGGGCGACAUUCGUUCAAUUAUAACGAAAAGGGACAGUGGCUGCCUAAAGUCUACUAUAACAAUGAACAGUUGCGAGAAUAUGUGGAUAACUGCCCGAAAGGCACCGUCUUUCGAGUUCAACAAGCUCCCACGCAGUGUUCACACCGAAUGGAAUCAGAAUACACAAAAUGCCGCUGGGCUAAUUGCCUAAUUCGCGAAAGAACCAUUCCGUCUGGGUGGCUCCGCGUGACAUUUGAUGAGUUCCCUGCGGAAACCUCCGGUGGGACACGCGAUCCGCUUUUAUGCGCCGGCUCAAUGCAUCUAUGGUGCUUUGAACAAGUUUUUGAUCUCAUGGAGUUCCACCUAGAUGGGCGUCUGAUACCCGAGACAAGACAGUUUCCUUUUGAGGACCGAAACGUGACGAGCCUGGAAAAGCUGACCGAUGCGGGAUUGGUAAGAGCAACUUACACACCUUGGUUUGAGAAGCGGAAAGCUUUCUUCAAUAUGCAUGGGAAAUUCCCGGUCUCACUAGGGUACGAAGAUACUCUAUCUUACGCUUUGAAUCGCCAUCACAUUAGACACCAGACACCGGCUCGGUUUAAAACGAGGAAAAUUCGGUCAAUGAAGAAGAUAGAGAGAGGUGAGAUUCCAAGCACGAUUGACAUCCACAUGGGCAACCUCGAGACGUAUACAGCACUUACGAAAAAGACGAAUAAGACAAAUAAACGCAAGAAGCUACAAGAGAUAAGGAAGCAUAUGGAUAUGGUAGAGCUGCCCAAUGGUGGCUUGUACUCUCCAGAUACUCUUUCACCGAUAUGGCUCCCCCCUCCUCUUAAACCUGAAGAUAAAGAUACAGAGACUCUUGAACAAGUUGGAUCUGGACCACGUGCAAAAUCAUCUCGGAAAACAUCAUCUUCUCGUCGUCCACAAGCAAAACGGUGUUCUUGGAGGGGAAACAACUUGAAGAAAGCAUUUGUCCGAAGACACCAAGGACAAGCACUCUUACCUCAGCCGCCUGUUGGCAGUGGUCAGGAUAUUGACAUGGAUACACGUUGUUCUGCUGUGGUGGUUAAUUCGAAUGCGAAGUACACGCCACCGGGCUAUUUCGAUCCCUUGGACCCAGUUCACAGAACGUUGCAGUCAACUGUUGCACCCUCACUUGGAAUUAGUAUUCCUUCUGGUAAUCAUCAGGGUAGUCUUGCAAACGCCUAUAAUCCUAACUUAAACCAAGCAAUUCCAAUGCGAAGUUUCAAUACGGGGGAUCGGACACAGCUACUUUCCAGCACUGUGGCACUCCCAGAUGCAAGGGUGGAACAGGAGCCAGGAAUCCGAGACGGCAAUUUGAAUACUUCGCUUAAGGCAUCACAAGGGAAUCAUUCCUAUCAAAACGAGACAAAGGCCAUAGCACAAAAAGAAGGACAAGAAGCAUUGAAAGUGCUCGGGGGCGGCGAUGGCACGAGCUCGAAUGACUCAAGCCAGGUCAAUGGCCUGUGUCCAGAAGAGACAAAUCCAUACCAGUAUCUUACCUUUAACGAACCUAUGCCAGAGACUACUCAGUAUCCAGUAAAAGGCAACACUGAAGCGAUGGACAACUCCAUAGCUCUAACACAAAUGAAUACCGAUGCCAGCCAGCCUCUAGAGCUCGCGGCCUGUACCGAGAGCCCGCAAGUUGCCGCUGUGGCAGAGUCUUGGAAAAGCAUGAGCAGCUUCAUUGACCCCGCGAGCUAUGGCGGCUAUAGCGAUACUGACAUUCUUACUCUAUUCGAUGAUUCCGCAGCCACCACCACCGAUGGGACCAAUGGCGAGAGCCGUAGCUGUUAACGAUGUCAGCAUACUAGCGAGCUGUCUGAAGGCCGCCCGGUUCUGAAGCCCGCUUGAAACGGAAGAAUCUCAGCCCCCGCCCCGCGAGGAUGCGCAAAGUAGAA